GUGCAAAACUAAAUGAUGAGUUUACCAGGCAAGGCUGCCCAGUGCCUAACACUGUUCAAAACAUGGCUUCUGAGUGUAGCCUGUCCAACUUGUUUCCUAUUCAAAGUCAGCUCGACGAUGCUUUAGAGGACGUCACGACACAAGAGGAGAAGGAGAAGCUGGUCUACGAGUAUUUGAGCAAAAUAGACGAGAGGCAGGACCUUAUGAUAUGCGACUUUGAGACAGGUCUGGAAUGGCUAAACACUGAGGGCCCACUGUCUUUCAAAAAUAAGCUGGCAGGAAAGGUGGUGCUGUUGGACUUUUUCACCUACUGCUGCAUCAACUGCAUGCACAUCUUGCCGGACCUUCACCAGCUUGAGCAGAAGCAUUCGGUCAAAGAUGGACUUGUUAUUGUGGGCGUACAUUCAGCCAAAUUCCCAAAUGAAAAGGUUCUGGACAACGUCCGCAGUGCCGUCCUCCGUUACGACAUCUGUCACCCAGUGGUGAACGACGGCGAAGCGAGUCUCUGGCACCAGCUGGAGGUCUCCUGCUGGCCCACGCUGGUGCUGGUGGGCCCGCGUGGCAACCUGCUCUUCUCCCUGGUGGGCGAAGGCCACCGUGAGCGCUUGACUCUUUUUACGGACGUAAGUCUCCGUUACUACCGGGAGAAGAAGCUGCUGGAGGUGCACUCGGUCGGUGUCAAGCUAUACCGAGACUCGCUACCUCCCACCAUCCUGUCCUUCCCUGGGAAGAUCUGCGUGGACCACAGCAGCAACAGGCUGGCUAUUGCUGACACCGGACAUCACCGAAUUGUGUUGGUGUCCUCUACUGGUCAGCUCUUGCACGUCAUCGGAGGGCCUGAAAGUGGAAGGCAGGAUGGCGCCUUGUCUGAAGCUUCUUUCAGCUCCCCUCAGGGGGUCGCCAUGAAGAACGAUGUGGUUUAUGUUGCCGACACUGAGAACCACCUAAUCCGAAAGAUCGACCUGUUAGAGGGGCGGGUCAGCACACUGGCCGGCCUCGGCGUCCAAGGCAUGGACAAAGCAGGCGGGGCUAUGGGAGUUCAACAGCCAAUCAGCUCUCCUUGGGAUGUGAUGCUUGGCUCUGCAGGUGGUGUAGAGGACAACGUGCUGUGGGUGGCGAUGGCAGGAACCCACCAGAUUUGGGCUUUGUUCCUAGCAGAUGGCAAACUGCCCAAAGGAAGCGAGUCAAAGGCCGGUACAUGCGUGCGAUGGGCUGGCAGCGGCAGCGAGGAGAACCGCAACAACGCAUACCCGCACAAGGCCGGAUUCGCCCAGCCCUCAGGCCUGGCCGUGGCCCCUGAGGAACCCUGGAGCUGCCUCUUUGUGGCCGACAGUGAAAGCAGCACCGUGCGCACAGUGGCGCUGAAGGACGGCGCGGUCAAGCUGCUGGUCGGCGGUGAGAGAGACCCCCUGAACCUCUUUGCUUUCGGAGAUGUGGACGGGAAGGGGGUGGACGCCAAACUGCAGCAUCCGCUCGGCGUGGCCUGGUCUCGGGAACAGAGUUUGCUGUAUGUGGCCGACUCCUAUAACCACAAGAUUAAAGUGGUGGAUCCAAAGACAAAGCACUGCAGCACUCUAGCCGGGUCAGGAGAAGCUGGCAACACUCUGGGUCCUGAUUUCAGCAAAUCCAGUUUCAAUGAACCUGGUGGAAUCUGCAUGGGUGCCGGUGGCAAACUCCUUUACGUGGCCGAUACCAACAACCACCUCAUCAAAGUGUUGGACCUCCACUCCAAGACCAUCUCACUGUUGUGUAUUUCUGCAGACUACACAGACGCGCCAAUGCCUAGAGCAUCCAUGAAAGCCCCCACGCUGCCUAAAAGGGCUGCAAGGAUAAAGCUGGCACCACUGUCGGUGUCCGCGGGGCAGACCCUCACCAUGUCGCUCAAGCUGUCGCUAACUGAAGGAGCGAAACUCACGGAUGAGGCGCCAAGCUGCUGGGUUCUCUCGGCCGAAGAAGGUGACGAGUGGUUGCUGGACGGUCAAGUGGUCACCGGCGACAUCACCGGUCUGUCAGGGCUGCUGCGCAUCUCCACCAAACUCCCGGAAGUUCCAAAGAAACUCCACGCAGGCCUCAGGCUGAGCAUUUGGGUAUACUUCUGCAUAGCAGCGGGUGCAGCCUGCACCAUGAAAGCGGCAUCUUUCUUUCUGCCUCUUGAGAUAAGUGACAAACCUUUUUUGGGGGCGGUCACAGUGGUGUUAGCUCAUUCUUUCUAACGCAGGGGUCAAUGUAUGCUAAGCUACCUGAACAAAAAGCCUUAGCUUUGCAGUAUAGGCCAAAAAGCUAAUAACUGUAAUAUCUAAUAAUAUAUUUUAUAUUUCUUUUUCUACGAAUAUGCCAAGUGGCAAAUGAAACAAACUAGUACUUUGAUGUAUAAAAAAAAAGUACACAAUGGAACAUUUGAGGUUAAACAUAAUUGAUCUGAAUUGAACACUGUUCCCCACGGAAAAUAAUGGAAAUAGAAACUAUUCUCUUCUAGGGUCUAUGUACAGCCAUCUCUAUGAACUGUACAAUUCAUUUUUAAGGAAUAUUUUCUAUCAUGGAAGUGUAAAAUAAAACGUUAACGACUAAAUGAGACUUUUUAACACUCAAUCGUUACAAGUGUAAAAUGAAGUUUCAAAAAUGAGGUCUUGCAUGACGGCAGUUUGGCUUUAAAUGCAGAAUUUUUUUAUUCUUAAUUCCAAAGUGUACAACUUGUUCGACUUCAAAUGUUCCACAGUAGCGCUCGGUUCUGAACCACAAAGAAGUCCACUCGAGCCUGGUGUGGGCUCACGUUGGCUGAUGGAUGAGGUCAACUUUGUUUUUAAUGGCGUAGUCCAUUAGUGCACAAGCGGGGCUCUUCUAAAGCUGCUUUUCAUAUCUAAAAGCUCCCUAUGAUUACAUCACAUCUGUAAUUUCAUUAAGGCAGUUGGACAUUUAUUGUUAAGAAUCACUUCUUAGCAAAGUCAAAAUAUGAACAUAUGUUUAACUUAUUUAUGCACCUAAUGUCUUUAAGACAAUCUAAACAAUAAGACGGCCGUUGGCUAAUAGUAUUUAUUCUUUGACCUUGUAUCUGAACAAAUGCAAAAUAUGAUUCUAGUUAAAGCAACAAUAUUGCCAAUAUUGACCUCAAAACCAAACCUGAAAAAGCAUGUUAACACCUAUCAGGCAUAGUAAGGAGAGUAACAUCUCUGUUGCCCGUUUGAGUGGCAGCAAUAAUGGUGGACCAGCCUGGCCACAGUUCCUGUAAGCAUUAGCGCUUAAACUACUGUUAAUAAUGAUGUACCAUCCAAAUGCCCUCGAGAUAACAUCAGCGCUUACAUGACUGUUUAGAAUUGUCUUCUAACAGACUGCUAUAGUGUUAGCAUCAGAGCUAACAUCAUUAUUUACAGUUGUGUAAUCCAAACAAAUGCUCUUGACUUUGUGUUCGAGCUAUCAACUGUUUAAACUGGCGUACCAAGUAACUGCUCGCUAAUUAGCGUCAGGUAUAAUCUUAUUGUUAAGUUGUGUACAAACUAAAUGGUCUCGAGUUAGUGUCAGCGCGAGCAUUACUGUUAAGAAUUGUGAACUGUUGUGUAUGGUGUACAAACCAACUGCUCUCUAAUUAGAGCUAGUGCGAAUGUUUAACAAAAGGGAAUAUACUAAAUGUUCAUUAGUUAGCAUCAGCGCAAACAAUAUUACUUUCGGUGGAGUACAAAAAAAAGCUCGGAAGUGAGCAUUAGCAUCAAAGACAGCAUUACGGUUCAGAAUUGUGUACCAACUAACUGCUGCUCUCUUGUUAGCAUCCGAGCUAAUGUUAUUGUUUAGAAUUAUCUGCCAACUUACUGCUGUCUAGUUGGCAUUACAGCUAGCAUUAUUGUUCAAUGCUGCGUACAAACCGUUUAUUAAAUCACGUCUGUCUUGUUACAUAAUCGUUAAAGAUGUGACUCUUACAAAAACUCACGAUUCAGUCUGAUUCAGAUUCUAAGGAAUACGGUUUGAUUCAGAAUCAGUUCUCGAUUCAACACACAAUUCUCGAUUCAAACAGAUUGUCGCAGUAUAUUAUUUGGUAUGUAAAUUACAAUAAAAAUCUUUUCAAAACAGUACGCAAAUAGCUGGCCUAAAAAUCUAUUUUUAAAAAUCGAUCUUUGAAAAUUAGGAAUCAAUUCUGAAUCGUUAUAAAUAAGUAUCAUGAUUUGGUUAUGAAUCAGUUUUUCCGGUUCAUCACGUCACUCAGAAGUGCCUUGCAAAACAGUUGGCAAUAAAAAAUGAAAAAAACUUUGGUCUUUGUAAUGUUUGUUGUUAUUUGAUUAGCAUCAGCAAACCACUUUUUGUUGUGUAUUCUGGUUUUCUUUGUUCUGGGGUAUCUUUGCUAUUAAUAAAUGUAUGUGGCACUUUAAAAAUGUAACAAAAAGAGCAAAUAAAAUAUUGUAUCUAC